CACGUGAAAACACGUACUACUGAAGUACCCCUCCCCCAGCCGAAAACACUGGGUAACUAUACUUCUAUUGGCUAACUAGUGUGAUGACGCAAUCCAGCUUUCAACUAUUCCAUUGCUUUGUAUGCCGGUUCCCAUAAGGUAAAGCGGCGUUUCUUCUAACUAUGGCGGCUAUUGGUGUCCAUUUAGGAUAUACAUGUGCUUGUGUGGCAGUUUACAAGGAUGGCCGUGCUGAUGUUGUUGCCAAUGAUGCCGGAGACAGAGUCACUCCUGCUGUUGUUGCCUACAGAGAAACAGAAGAGAUUGUUGGUUUGGCAGCAAAGCAAGGCAGAAUAAGAAAUGCCUCUAACACUGUUCUCAAAGUAAAACAGAUCCUUGGUAAAAGUUAUGAUGACCCCCAAGUCCAGAAGCAUGUAGCUGACAGCAAAUGUUCUGUUGUUGAAAAGAAUGGGAAGCCAAGAUAUGAGAUUGAUACCGGAGAAAACAUUAAACCUGUGUCUCCUGAAGAGGUUGCAAAACUCAUCUUUGGCAAAAUGAAGGAAACUGCCCAGUCUGCUCUAGGUUCAGAUGUCAGUGAUGUAGUAAUUACUGUUCCUUUUGAAUUUGGAGAGGACCAGAAAAAUGCACUUCGACAGGCUGCAGAAACAUCUGGAUUCAACGUGCUGAGAUUAGUGCAUGAACCUUCAGCAGCACUGCUUGCAUAUGGAGUUGGACAGGAUUCACCUACUGGUAAAAGCAAUAGCCUUGUAUACAAGCUGGGUGGAACAUCACUGUCUGUAACAAUAAUUGAAGUAAACAGUGGAAUGUACAGAGUAGUUGCCACUGACACAAAUGACAGUAUAGGAGGUGAAUGUUUUACAGAAGCUCUUGCACAGCAUCUGGCCUCAGAGUUUCAGAGAUCGUAUAAACAUGAUGUGAGAGGAAAUCCUCGUGCCAUGAUGAAGUUGAUGAACAGCGCAGAAGUUAGUAAAUGUUCUUUAUCAACACUAGGAAGUGCAAAUUGCUUUGUGGAUUCUCUGUAUGAUGGCCUAGACUUUGAUUGUAAUGUCUCCAGGGCUAGAUUUGAUCUGGUAUGCACGUCAUUAUUUAAUCAAAGCAUGGAAUCAAUUGUGAAGCUGAUGAAACAAGUGGGACUGACUGCAGAUGAUAUUAAUAAGGUAGUCCUCUGCGGAGGUUCAAGUCGAAUGCCAAAGCUGCAGCAAAUGAUUAGAGACUUGUUCCCCAAUACAGAAUUGUUAAACUCAAUACCACCAGAUGAAGUCAUUCCCAUUGGUGCAGCCAUUGAAGCAGGCUUACUUUUGGGAAGAGAAGAACUUUCCUUGGAGGAAGAUGUGAUUGCAAUCAACUGUUCUGCAAGAGAUAUUCUUGUUAAAGAAGUUGAUGAAUCAGGGGCAGAUAAGUAUACUGUGUUGUUUCCAUGCGGAACUCCUCUACCAGCCCGAAGACAUCACACACUACAUGCUCCGGGAGAUUUUUCUUCAGUUUGUCUUGAGCUAUAUGAAUCUGAAGACAGGAAAUGUGUAACAGAUAACAAUAAAUUUGCACAGAUAGUAUUAAAAGAUUUACAUAAGCAAGGAGGGGGAGUCCAUGACAUAUUGACAGUUCUUACUAUGAAACGGGAUGGUUCUUUACAUGUAACAUGCACAGAUCAACAUACAGGGAAAUCAGAAAUGAUCACUGUAGAGAUUGUGUCUUAAUUGUUUUGCCAUAUGUUAUGAAUGCUAUUGGAUCUUACAAAAUGUUGUAUUUUACUUUUUUUGUACAGUCAACAAGUUGCACAGAAAUAAAAUACUUCAGCCCUGA